AUGUUCGAGUUGUUGGGUGUGGUCAACCGCCAAACCUUGACGUACAACUUAUUGAAAAUUUAUAAGAGUAACGAAACUCAUAUCGAUGAAACAGAGUGUCUAAAACUUCCAAAAAAUCUUGCGUUGGGUGCCUACACGUACAACAGCUCAGCACAUGUCAUCAACUCUACAAUGAUGUUGACGUCAUUUUUUGCCGUCGAUGGUAAGAACGGCGUUGACGAUAACUUCCCACAUUGCUCUACGACGGAGCCCGGGUUCGAACCUCAUUGGAUCGGAGUGGACUUGGGAAAUAAGUUUUUAGUAAAAUCCGUUGUCCUUUAUGCAGGAUUAACUAAUGCUGGUUUGGACAAACCGAACAACCUGAACAAUUUCAUAGUAGGAGUAAGCAACAGGUCCCUGGAUAUUUACCCGCCAGUGAGGGGCCAGUACGCUCUCUGUGGCCAAUAUGCACAUAAGGUUUUUUCAAAAGAAGUGGUUCUAAUGAAUUGUUCGUCUUCAACACCUCCAGCUAGAUACGUCAUACUGCAACAAUAUUCCAGCCCAAAUGGAGAAGUCAUAUCUGUCUGUGAGUUGGAAAUCUACGGAGUUCCCUUUGGAGUGCAAAAGAAAAACAUUUUGAAGCACAAGCCAGCAACAUCAAGCUCCGUUUUCACUGAAAGAGGUAUAUCAACUCAAUGUGGUUCGUUCGAGGCAAGUUUAAUCGUGGAUGGAUUUCACGACAAUCAGAUGUAUGACUGCCACUGCGGACAUGUUUCUGGCACAGUGGGAGAGCCGAACUGGUUCAUGGUCAACAUGCAAGAUAUGCAUUACGUGGAUUUUAUCUUAUUUACCUCUCGCAAUAGUUUUCCGAUACGUCACAGAGACGACAAUUUCUACAUCGGUUUUUCCAACUUACUGAACUACCAACCAGUAAGAAAUCAGUACCCUCUCUGUGGCCAGUGGUCUGGUGAGGUUCCGACUGGAUCCAAGGUGCUCAUGAAGUGCAAUGCUAAUCUGCCCUCGUUCAGCUUUUUGAUUGCUCAGCAGGCUGUUGACGCUCAUGAUGGAAUGUUCACAAUUUGCGAACUCGAGGCGUAUUCGCCUCUUUCUAGAGAUUCAUUCGUUUGGAAGAAAAAAGCUAAUAUCCUUUUAACUGGCUUCAAAGUAAAGUCGUUAAAAGUGAGAGAUGUGAUUGAAUGUUUCCUUUGCUGUCGUCAAUUUGGUGGAUGUGAUUCUAUCAACUUCCAGGCAGCUUCAAAACUGUGCGAACUCAACAAACAUCCGAAUGGAUACAGCAGAUCUCUGAAUUCAAAUGCUAACUGGGCAUUCUAUGUUGUCCACUACUAUUGA